AUGAAGCAGGAUGCAUCCAUAUACAAUUCCCACGCUGACAACGUGCCUCAGUUCUCCCUGCCAGGUUUCAGCCCUGAGCCUGAUGGGCUGACCCAGAUUGAGGACGUCAGCAGUGCCAAGGAGGACAGCGACUCCCUCCUGGUGGUCAUCGAAACCCUCUUUGAGAAGAGUGAGGUGGAUGGAAAUGUCUGCCAGGGCCUAAACGUGGGCAGCACAGAGCUGCAGCAGUGGGAGGAGGCUCUGCUCAGCCUGGGGGCAGAGGAGGAGCUACCAGCUCCGGGGCUCAGCCAGAGGCCAGGCGCCAAGGUGACAUCCUGUGUGGAGCAGACACUCCUCAGGGAGGGUGCUGGAAAGAGACUGGGCUUCCCACACUGCCAUGAGGAAAACAGUGCUGUGCCUCAAUUCCAGCGCUGCUGGGCAGCUGGUUCAGCAUUCCCUGCACAGCCCCAGGCAGCAGGCACGUGGGGAGGCCAGGGGGCUGUGGGCUCCGUUCCCCCUGAGGGCAGCUUUGCCCAGCCAGAGCUGCAGGUCCCGUUUAACCCAGCUGGACCAGUGACAGGGACUGUGCUGGGUGUCCCCAUCUCCAGCAGCAAAUCCUCUGCAGCACUUCAGCUGGCAAACCAAGCGUUUCAGGCAGAAGCUACCCCCCCUGCUCCUGUAGAUAACACUCUUCCUCCUGCUCAGAGCCAGCCUGGGUGCCAGCUGGUGGGCUCAAGCUGCUCACCCCCGUUGCACUCAAACAUGUUGGUUACUCUGUGGCACAGUGUCCCCCUCCAGGCAAACCCAGCCACUUGCCCACCGGAGGCUUCGCUGGCCAUAGCUCCAAAACAGCUGGAAGCUGCAGGAGCCUACGUGGAGUCCCAGACUCUGCCAGGUGGCAGUCCUGCGAAUCCCCUGGGGGCUGGGCUGUGGUUGCUGCCCCCCUCCCAAUCUUUUCCUUGCCCUGCCCAGGGCUUGCAUGAGUCCCUGUCCUCUGGGGAUGGGAAGCUCUGUGAUGUGGAAGCUAUUCCCCCUGCACCCUUAGGAGCCAGGCAGCUGCCAGGGCAUGGCAGCUUCCCCAAACAGCCCCUGGUAGCCCAUGUAGACCCCAGCUUUUCCUGGGAGAGGGAGCAGGCAGUGCUCCAAGAGGACAAGCAGUUCCCACAGCUGUGGCUCCCACAGGCUGGGGCAGCUCCUCAGAGGAGCCAUGGGGCAGGGCCAGUGCACCACAGCGGGCUCCAGCACGGAUCCCAGCGCCCACCAGAUGGACUGCAUUGUGCUGUACAAGUGUCAGUAUGGAAACAGCCUUUUUAGGCAUGAGAGCAACUUCCUUGAGGGAUGCUGCUAAAAUACCCCUUCCCCAGCAGCUGGGCACUUUGCCCUGCCCCGCUGAGAACCACCGUGGAGCACCCUGCUCCUCACUGGGCUCAGUUUCAAGCUGCUCAGCAGCUCUCCCUGUGAAGGUGGGUGCAGGAGCCCUCCCAUGC